AUGGCCGAGCGGCGGCAGCCCCGGGUGCUUGGCGCUCAGCGGACGGUGUCGGAAGUGCUUGGCCCCAAGCCAGUUGACAUAUCAGACAUUCGCCUGCUAAUCGAUCGCUGCGUAGGCGGAGCAGUUGACAGUACACCCACGUUGGGGGAGCUGGAGCGUGUUCUUUCUUAUUUUGCGCGGCAUAACAGCGGGUACAUCAGGGCUGGUGUGGAUGACUUGCACAUUCUUGCGUCGGAAAUUUUAAAUAACAAUACCCGUGCGGUCAUGGUGUUUGGUGAGUUUGGCUCUAGCUUUGGUGAUGUUGAGAUGUACCUAAUCUCUGUUGUUGUGCAAUACAAUAUGUCAUUGGAGGCAAUAACGAUAAAUGCUGUGAAUGUGAGUGAUGAUGCCGUUUCUAUGCUUUGCGAAGCGCUGACCAAGUCCCGGGUUAGUUUCAUUGACCUUUCCAACACUCCCUUAGAGAGUGAAGCCGGUCACUCACUUGCAGCACUUGCACAUGUAAACCCGUACGUGCGGACGAUCAUUUUGGACGAUACACUUGUUGCUGAAGAGGUAUUAGACGAGAUUGAUGUAGCAUGUCAGUUCAAUCAGAGUAACUUUGAAGCCAACGGAGGCGUGGUUGAUCCAGGGGGGACCGCUGAAGUUGCGCGUAUUAGACAUAGAAUUCGAAGCAUAAUUAGGGCUAAACACAAGAAGAUUAUCUACUGUGUUCCACAUGUUUUGGGGACGUGUCCUGAUGGUGAUAUGUGCAUGUUUUCGCACACCCCGAUGACAUCUGGGGCUCCUGAUACCAAUGCCAACCUCCAUGAGCGAAUUGUGGACGUGUUUGCCGUAGGGGGAGGUUUAAACAAGUUACCGGCGCCUCCAAAAGCUGGUGCGUCGUGGAAGAACCCUGAGGAGCUGGGGGAACACACACUGCGUUUGAACCUAGAGAAGUGCCGGCCGGGGAAAGCGUCGAGGAAGGAGGUCAGUGAUGAUGGUGGGAUGUUGCGUAAGUCACUCAUGAUUACCGUGAUUCCUGUAGCAUUAGUUGCGGCGAGCGUGUGCGCUCUGCGGUUAUGGAAGCGCUAG